AUCUCAUAUUCUUUUUACUCCAUGUUACUCUUCAGUCUGCUCGGCUCGAGUAUUCGCAUUCACCAUGGAGGCUAUCGUGGAUUCUAUUCCCGAGCAGUUGUUCCUUGACCUACGAGUCUCUGCGGUCCGCAACCGAACCGCGCGUCUCAACUUGGUGGAACCGUGGGCUACCGAGUAUUGCACUGCUGUCUUAGAGAAGCGAUAUGGUGAUGCGAUAUUUGCUCGAUACAAUAUAGCGGGACAGGCAGUGGAUGGUGUCUAUUCCGAAUGGAACAUCACUGUCUACGAUAUGAUCAUGUCGGAUGCCCAGGAGUACGCACAAGACCAUCCGGAGCUUUUCGCCGAUGCCUUACAGAUCUAUAACAAUACAAAUUCGACCGAUACACGACGCGAUAUUAUCGAAGGACUCAAAAAGAUCACGUUUGACUACCCAUUAUCUUUGCCAGCUUGAACAGCGGUUCUAAGCUUCUGAUCUCUUUCAUUUUACAAUAAGCUUACAACCAUCUGCCUCAUAGCAUGAAAUUCAGUGUCCCUAAACCUAUUAUCAACGUGAUCUAGUGAGAGCUCCAAAAUACACUUGCCGUCUACGCGCAGUUUGAAGGUCCAUUCUACAGGUAUUAUCAGCCCGCCUCACAGAUGCAGUAACGAUAAUACAUACGUGCUGGGGCAUUAGAACGGCCGGUUUCAGGCACCAAACACAUGAUCAGUCACAAUCGAUAUACAGUUCAGAUUCACUUUCGUUGUCUUUUACCUUCUUGUACACAACCUAGCGAGAUCAGCUUCCGCUGCGAACACUGUUCUUCUUUGUUAAUGGUCCCAAACCGGGAACGCUAGCGGGAGGCCGUCUGUCAGGCUAGUAAUUUUCAUUUAGCAGGAGAAAGUAAUACGAAAAACUUGUCUUUAC